AUGUCAAAUAAAGGAAAUAAAAACCAAGAAUUUCUGGCGACAUGUAUGUGGCAAAGAAAUUUAUCUCAGGCUCGAAAUAUUAAUGUUGAUCUUAACAAUGUUCUUGAUGAUUCUUUCAAUGUAUUACUUGAUCUUUUAAAUAAUUUCAAAGUAACAAAUGACACUGAUCGUACUGGCUUGCUUUUAUCUUUAUUUGCUUGUGUCGGUCAUCUUUGUGUGGAAUCGACAGUAACAAUUACGAAUCAUAGUACAAAUUUAAAUAUCUUCUUAUUAUUAAUAGGUCCAUCAGGUUGUGGAAAAUCAAAAAUUAUUUCACCAUUAAAAAAAGCAAUGCUCAACACCGUAAAAUCAUUAGGAAUAACCAAUGAAAAGGCUGGAAUAUUUGAUGAAUUUACAACUGCUUCGCUAACGGCGAAGCUAGCUAAAUCUAAUGUAAUAAUUAUGACUGAUGAAGCAGAAAAACCAUUGCUUUCAAUGGGUUUUUACUCUCCUUUAUCAGAAACAAGUGCAGCUGAAAGAAUAUCUGGUUGUAAGUUUUUUGGAACAGUUCCAACAACAAAAGAUACGAUGAGUUAUCAUUUGGAGAUCACAUCUCAUUUAUCAUUCGUCGGCGCUACAACAGGACGAAUGUGGCAUCGUUUAAUAAAUUAUUAUGCACGAGGUCAUCAAAGUGAUGGAUUUUCAGAAAGGUCAGAAAAUUUGUUAAAGUUAAUCAUAUCAUAUAUUUUAAUAACUUAUAUGAUGUAUAAACUUUCAUACAGUACACUUUCGUAAAAAUGUUAUGUAAAAUUAUAAAUAGUUCUUUUAAUCGUUGAGAUCUCAGAUCACCAUAAAUAAUUGAAAUAUUUGCUCCUAAAAAAAAAACAAAAGGAAGUAACUGUAGCAUCAGUACCAUUAAUAUUAUUUUUGAAAGAUAAAAUACUCCAUAAGUGAGUAUUUACUAAUUCCUUCACUAUAUUUCUAUUGAUCUUUUAUUUCGUACUCAAAUAAUAAAUGAUUCAAACAACUUUUUUUCGAUAUAAAUUUUAAAGAAUGCUCAACUAUACAGAUAUUUUCAAUACAAUCAAGAAAAACUGAUAUUUAUGUUGUUAACCAAAUUGACUUUUGAUUCUAACAACUAAUUUUUACAAUUGUAUUACUUUCCGAAAAACUUACAUCAACUAUAUUGAAACUUGAAAACAUAUAAUCAAUAUUUCUCUCAAUAUAAAUGCUUAUUCGUGUUAAACUACAUGUCUACCUUAUUUACAAAAUUAUUCCUCAUUGAUAAAACAUCUCAUAGCUGCUCAUUUAAUUAAGGAUAAUAUUAUAUUAUAAUUUUUAUAGUAAUAUUAGUAAUUUAAAAUUUUUUUACAUGAAAACAUUUAAAUCUAUUUUUAAUACUCUAGUUAAAGUACAAAUGAAUUCGAUAUAUAUUUUGUAAUAAUCUGAAAUAUAGCAUAUAUUAAAUAAAAAACAUAUCUUGCGAUGCAUUUAAAAAAAGAAUUAAAAUUUAAUCUUAAAAAAAAGUCAUUGUCAAAUAUAUUAUUCUGUUUCUCAUUAGUACA